GUAUGAAACAUGAGAAUUUAAGCUUUGAAGUUUGAACAUUUUGUUUGUGGCGUUUACACACUUGUACAAACAUACUUUGAAUCUUAAGCAGUCCUCAAUUUUUGUCUAUAUAAAAGGGUCCACUCUUUGUCUUCCACUCAAAACACAGAAUCUAAGUGAUAAGAAGAAGAAAAAAAAUAAGUGAGCUCACUAUGUCAAAACUUUCCACCAUCUUCACCUUAGUUCUUUUAUUAAGCUUCACUUUAACCUUUGCCUCUCGUCCUAAUCUUGGAUUUAAAGGUGUUUCUUCUCUACAUGAGGAUGUUGUUGUGAACAAGGCAUUGAGUGAAGAGUUGGAUGAUGAGAGUUGUGAAGGAGAAGAAGAAUGUUUGACAAGAAGGACACUUGCAGCACAUAUCGAUUAUAUUUACACUCAGAAUAAACCCAAAAAUUAAUGGCAUCCACCAUGCCUUUGGAAACAAAAUAAUAUAGCAAUAAAGCAAUAUAUGAUCAACAUAUAUUAUUUUUCGUGUAUAUAUAACAAAUAUUUGCUUAAUUUGGUUGAGUCUUUCUUUUGCUUUUGUUGAAUUAUGUGUUAUAUUUGCAAGUAUUUUCUGUUCAGAUUAAUCGGAAUUUGUGGAAGAAUAUCGAAUAUGGUUUAUUCUCAA